UUAAGUUAUUACUUAUAUGAGUGAAAUAACGUGAUUUUCGUCAGCGCGAUGUUUUAAUUUAGUUGUACUUUUGAGUAAAUUUUAUUUGGAUUGAAGGGAAAGGUUCCUCAACAUUAAAAGUGGUUAAUAUUCAUGUAAAUGUUUUAAGAUCCUUAACUUAAGGUAUAAUGGGUACCAGAAAUUUAUCUAAGAAAGAGCUAGAGGAGCUUCGUAAGAAAGAAGAAGAGGAAGCGGCUGCUCAUGUAUUUAAAGAAUUUGUGGAGACAUUUCAAGAAGUACCCAGCACCACAUCUAAGGUGUGGGUUAAAGCUGGUACUUAUGAUGCAGGAGCAAGAAAGGAGGACACAUCAGAGCGAGGAAAGCUGUACAAGCCAGUGUCUCGACUGGAUGACAAGAAACAGAGCACAGAGGCGGAGGUGUUGCGCAGUCUUGCGCAAAUCUCACCACGUCCCGAGUCUGGUCUGCGACCUCGCGCCAAACUUAACAAGGAUAAAAAGAAGAGCAAUCUAGAACUAUUCAAAGAGGAAUUGAGACAGAUUCAAGAGGAGAGAUCAGAGCGGCAUAAGUAUAAAAAUGUGUUGCGCGAGCGUGGGGUUGUCGCUGGUGAGCCUGCAUUGGACACUAUACCUGAUAUCGGCUCUUAUGAUACUGGGGAUCCAAAUACCACUAAUCUCUAUCUUGGCAAUCUCAACCCAAAGAUAACGGAGCAGCAGCUGAUGGAGAUCUUUGGUCGGUACGGGCCUCUGGCCAGCAUCAAGAUAAUGUGGCCGCGUUCUGAUGAGGAGAAAGCGCGCGGACGUAACUGCGGAUUUGUUGCCUUCAUGUCGCGGAAAGACGGAGAGCGAGCUCUGCGCUGUAUUAAUGGUAAGGAGAUAAUGAACUACGAGAUGAAGCUAGGGUGGGGUAAAGCGGUGGUGAUCCCUCCGGUGCCCAUCUACAUCCCGCCCGCCCUGCAGCAGCCCAGCAAACCACCGCCGCCCUCAGGACUGCCCUUCAACGCUCAGCCACCAAAACAUCUCGCCUCCAAGAUUCCGAGAAUACGACCCGGAGAUUAUUAUCCACACGAACCAGAAGACAAGAAGUUAUACGACCAGAUACUGUCACAAUCUAUUGUCAAAGUUGUGGUGCCUACAGAAAGGAAUAUUCUGAUGCUGAUCCACCGCAUGGUGGAGUUUGUGAUCCGCGAAGGUCCGAUGUUCGAGGCGAUCAUAAUGAACCGGGAACUGAACAACCCAUUCUUCCGGUUUCUGUUCGAGAACCAGUCGCCGGCGCAUGUCUACUAUCGCUGGAAGUUGUUCUCCAUGCUGCAGGGAGACUCGCCCAAACAGUGGGCGCUGCACGACUUUAGGAUGUUUGAAGGUGGGUCAGUGUGGCGGCCGCCAGUGAUGAACCUGUACACGGCGGGCAUGCCCGACGAGCUGGUGGAGGAGGACGAGGCCAAGGAGAACAUACGCGGCACACUCUCCAACAGCCAGCGGGACCGGCUGGAGGAGCUGAUCCGUGCGCUGACGCCGUCGCGCAGCAGUGUGGGGGAGGUGAUGGCGUGGUGUUUGGAGCACGCGGAGGCUGCGGGCGAGGUGGCGCAGUGCCUGGCGGAGGCGCUCGCCGGCGAUAACACCGCACCACCGCGCCGCGCCGCCAGACUCUACCUGCUCUCUGACAUCCUGCACAACGCCGGCGCAAAACUCACCAACGCCAGCGCAUAUCGCAGCGCGUUUCAGAGCCGUUUGCCUGACAUAAUGCGUGCGGCUCGGGCGGCCAUGUUGCGCAUGGGCUCGCGGCUGCAGCAGGAGGGGUUCCGAGCUCGCGUGGCCCGCGUGCUGCAGGCCUGGGCCGACUGGGCUGUCUACCCCACAGACUUCCUGCUGCACAUCAACGAUAUAUUCCUCGGACACGAUAAGGUACAGUCUUAUGAAGAUGGUGGAAGUGCAGGUGUUCAGGGUGUGUCGGAGGGUGGUGCGGGCGAGGGCGAGGCUUCAGGCGGGGAGUCGGGCGCGCGCUCUCCCGCCAGCUCGGGGUCGUGGGAGGGCGCACUGGACGGGGCCGCGCUGCGCCGCCUCGCCGCCGCCCGGAGACCUGAUGACGACAUCGACGGUGUGCCGGUUGAGGAAGACAUCGACGGUGUGCCGCUGGAGGGCGAGGCGGAGCGCACAGUGGAGGGGGGCGGGGCCGCGGGUGGGGCGGGUGUGGGCGCGGGCGUGGCUGGGUUCGUACCGUCGCGCUGGGAGAGCGUGGAGCCCGCCACCGCCGAGCCGGAGCCCGAGCCCGAGCCCCCUUCGCCUCACGACUCCACGCUCACGCCUACACAUGACAGGGCGGAGUCCCCUCGGGGCGGAGGUGCGGGCGCGGAGGAGCUGUCGUUGCCGCGGCGGGUGCUGCGCGACAUUGAGGUGCGCGUGCUGCGGUACGGGGACGAGCUGGAGUCGGGUGCUCGCGCUCGCAAGCCCGCUCUUACUGCACAGCAGCAGCUGCAGCAUUACCGUCGCAAGCUCAUUAAAAAGGCGGCUAAAGAAGCGAAGGAGGCGCAGGAGGAGGUGCGCGAGUCUCCGGACGCGCGGCGCCGCUCGCCCGCUGACGACGACACUUACUCGAUAUCGUCUAAGAAAUCGAAGAAAUCCAGGGAGCCCAGUCUAUCUCCUCCGCCAAAGCGAAAUCGUCACAGUGAUCGAAAAUCACGUUCAAGAUCCAGAUCUAGAGAAAGAGAAAGUGAUCGUUUUCGUGAAAGAGAUCGAGAGAGGGAAAGAGAGAGGGAACGGGAGAGAGAUCGAGACCGGGAGAGAGAUAGGCGGCGCCGCUCCCCGGCCACGCCCCCUGCCUUCUAUCACAGGAAACACAACAAACAUGCAAAAUAUAAAUACUGACAAAGUAUUGAAUAUUAUUAAGAUUAAAAAUAAUAGUGUUACGAACAAACAAAGUCAGUAUCGAAUGAAUAGGUUUUGUGUAGUGAAAUAAAACAAAAUCUUGUAUCAAGAGUAUAUUUCAACAGCUUCUAAGAAUUUAAUUACAUAUUGAAAAAUGAUAAAAAAUAAUGCGGU